UCAUUUUAUUCAUUUAUAUCAUUUUAAUAAUCUAGACUAGAGUAAAUGGUCCCAUUUGAGCGAAGCCUACGAUGGCAGUUGGGUACUGUAGGAAUAGAUGCGCUUUGCGGCACGCAUGUCACCACCACUUGAGAAAGAGAGAGGAGUGUUCUCUCCUCAUCCAUCCUCAUUCCCAUUCGCUGCCUCUGUGUGUAGCCGUCAGCCUCCUCGGUGUUCUCGAGUUACAUCUCAGCUUGCGGUUGCCAAGACGAUCUCGGGGCUGUCCACCAUAGAAUUCCAUCUUGUUCCGUCGUGUCACUGGAUGGAAUGUCGAGCUCCAGAAAGGAGUUCGAUGUGAAGCAAAUCCUUCGAAUCCGAUGGAGAUGGUUCGGUCACCCCACAUCACCACCACCACACAACCAGCCCCCGUUGGGAGACUUCUUCACUGGGAGAGGAACGGCAGGAACCUCUGGCGACCUACCUUCCGUUAGCGGCUGUUCCCCUUCCACUGGUGGUGCCAGUAACAGCAACGGCACAGGCUCGAGUAGUGCAAGCAGCGGGGGCGGCUCUGCGGGCAACCUUAACAACAACAGAAAGUUUGGAGACACGGGAAGGCAAAGUAACGGGCCAGUGCCCACGGGCGCCACAGCGUGUCCUCGCUCUUUUAGUCAGCAGGAGUGUCGAAGUCCCCCGGCUUUAGCCUGGAUGCCUCCGCCACAUUCUCGCUCGGUUCUUGGUGUGACUACUGAGGUCGCCCCGACGACUUCAUCGGUGGAAAACGCCACGGGUGUGGAGGAAAACAACAACAACGUGGAUUCUGAUAGCAGUUCAUGCAAGACGUCCAACAGCAGUCAGACGCUGUCCUCAUGCGCCUCGAUGGAGCCGUGUGUCCCCGAAGAGAUGUUCCAGGCGCUGAGCCACGCUGAGCACACCUUCAGACGCAUGGAGACGUACCUCAGGACACGGCAGCUGUGUGACGUGGUGCUGAUCGCCGGAGACCGCAGAAUACCGGCGCACAGGCUGGUUCUGUCCUCCGUGUCCGACUACUUUGCUGCCAUGUUUACCAGUGAUGUGCGAGAAGCCAAACAGGAGGAGGUCAAGAUGGAAGGUGUGGACCCAGAUGCAUUGUGGGUCUUGGUUCAAUAUGCCUACACAGGGCGUCUGGAGCUGCGAGAGGACACCAUUGAGAGCCUGCUGUCGGCCUCCUGUCUGCUGCAGCUCUCUGCAGUGGUGCAGGCCUGCUGCUCCUUCCUCAUGAAGCAGCUGCACCCCUCCAACUGUCUGGGCAUCAGAUCCUUCGCCGACGCACAAGGCUGCCAGGACCUGCACAAAGUAGCACACAACUACACUAUGGAGCACUUCCUGGAUGUGAUGCGCAAUCAGGAGUUCCUGCUGCUCCCUCCGUCUGAUAUUGAGAAGCUGCUGGCGUCUGAUGACAUGAACGUGCCAGAGGAGGAGACCGUGGUCCAGGCCCUGCUCAGCUGGGUGCGCUACGACUGCACCGCCCGCCAGGACCACCUCCCCAACCUGCUGGCACACAUCCGCCUGCCACUGCUGCACCCACAGGUCAGACAGGAGUUCUUGGCCGACAUGGAAUCCAACCCACUGCUGAGGGACAGCGUGGAGUGCCAGCGGCUGGUGAUGGAGGCCAUGAAGUACCACCUGCUGCCUGAGCGCCGGCCCCUCCUGCAGAGCCCCCGCACGCGGCCCCGCAAGUCCACCGUGGGGGCCCUGUUCGCCGUGGGGGGCAUGGAUGCCACCAAGGGUGCUACGUCUAUAGAGCAGUACUGUUUGCGGAGGGACACGUGGAGACAGGUGGCUGUGAUGAGCGGCCGCAGGCUGCAGUUCGGGGUGGCUGUACUGGACGACCGUCUCUACGUGGUGGGGGGGCGAGAUGGCCUGAAGACCCUCAACACAGUGGAGUGCUACAAUCCCCGCAGCAAGACCUGGAGCGUGAUGCCCCCCAUGUCCACCCACCGGCACGGCUUAGGUGUAGCGGUGUUGGAGGGACCAAUGUAUGCAGUGGGGGGUCAUGAUGGCUGGAGCUAUCUUAGCACUGUGGAGCGCUGGGAUCCUCAGGCACGGCAAUGGAGCUUUGUGGCUUCCAUGGCAACACCUCGGAGCACUGUGGGGGUUGCAGUCCUCAACAGCAAGCUGUAUGCAGUUGGGGGCAGGGACGGAAGCUCGUGCCUGAAGUCAGUGGAGUGUUUCGACCCACACACCAACAAGUGGAGCAGCUGUGCACCCAUGGCUAAGCGGCGUGGGGGCGUGGGUGUAGCCACCUGGAACGGCUUCUUGUAUGCUAUCGGCGGCCAUGACGCUCCCGCCUCCAGCCUGGCCUCCCGUCUGUCUGACUGCGUGGAGAGGUAUGACCCAAAGACAGACACCUGGACUGCGGUCGCUCCCAUGAGCCUCAGCAGGGAUGCAGUGGGAGUGUGUCUCCUUGGUGAUCGUCUCUAUGCAGUGGGUGGGUACGAUGGGCAGUCGUAUCUCAACACUGUGGAGGCCUACGAUCCCCAGACCAAUGAGUGGACACAGGUGGCACCAUUGUGCUUGGGCCGAGCUGGUGCAUGUGUGGUGGCAGUCAAACUCUAAAACCAUGUUCAGCCUCACAACAUUUUCUUUGUAGCAGUUUCCAGGGAGCGGUUCAGCACUCCCACAAUACAGAAUGUAAACUCCUCCUCACUCAAGACACUAGGUGUGGACAUGCAGUCAAAACACACACAUAACACGUGCAAAGGGAUCUGCUCCUCGUGAGAAGAAGAGGUCUGACUGUAGUGGAUCUUAAUUGGGUUGCAGUGUUCUCCAUUCCUUCAGGCUCUCAGUCAUGCUCUCAUUCACAUGCUCCGUCACCCGGCUCACCCUGCAUAUCCAGGGCAGGCUGAGUGGAUGCUGGCUCUGCCCUGUUUGCAGCCAAGCACGAGACACCAGCUGCUCAGCACAGCAUAGAGCAUCUGAGAGGAGCUCACCAGCUUGAAAGGACCACCACUGUCCUGCAUCUGAGAGGAGCUCACCAGCUUGAAAGGACCACCACUGUCCUGCAUCUGAGAGGAGCUCACCAGCUUGAAAGAACUACCACUGUACUGCAUCUGCUGGAAGAGGAUUUCAGGGGUAGUCCCAAAAGAUUUUCUGCAUAUCAACUCUGGAUUAGGCUGGCAGUAACCGAUGAGGAUGACAGUGAGAUGAAAUGAUUGUUGAGGUUAUAUUUAACUGAUAUUCAGCUGUAUGUGUCCCUGUAGGCAGCUGCUUCUGCUGGACGUUAAUUAAAGUGGAGGGUAGAAAAGGAAGGCUCAGCCUGUUCUCCACUCCCUCUCUCUCCAGCAGUGGCUAUUAUACAUUCCAGUUGCACUUAUUCUUUCAUAUAAGCCACUUCCAUUACCCUCCAGCAAUGCGCACACAUACACACACACUUACACUUACACACAUACCCACACACACACACACUCACUUACACACACACACUC